AUGACGUCAGCUAAAGUCAUUUGUUUAGUUGCCCUGGCUCUAUUCGGGAGCGCCAUAGGCCAGCCUUCGAAACAAGGUUUCUGGAAGGGCACCCCUAUGGAUAGCAUGGUCGAGGAGAUGAGAUCUGGAUGCGCAGAAGGAUCCGACCCAACAGCCUGCAUCAAAUACAAGGUGAUGUCUUUGUUGGACAGCAUCUUCAAAAAGGACACAUUCCAGAUUUCUGAAGCCGUUGAAGUGACUAAGAAUGACGCUGGUAACGAUGUUACUGGACGCUCCUCUGGCGAUUUUUUCGACAGCAUUGAGAACUACAUUCAAUCCCAUGAUGUGACCUUCAAACUGCCGAUCGCUGACACCAAGGUCACCGUGAGCCCAAGAAACCUUGACAAUGAUGAACUUAGCCUGAACAUCAAGUUCAACAAAGAAGGUGCUCGCUCUGUUGGCGAAGCUCGCAAGGCCAAGCUUAAGAAGAUCAUCGUCCCCAUCCUUGUGUUCGUGCUCCUCAAGGCUAUGACCCUCAUCCCUCUUGCUAUCGGUGUCCUCGGUCUGAAGGCUUGGAACGCUCUGCAACUGUCUUUCUUCUCUUUCGUUGUCUCAGUUGCGCUCGCCAUUUUCCAACUCUGCAAAAAGAUCGCGGCUGACAACACGCACCCCCAGAUCGCCGCCCACGGACCCUGGGACGCAGCUUUCGCCGCUACACGCCGUAGGAGGGACGCUGAGCCCGAGGAGCUUGCUCAAGAACUAGCCUACAACGCUUACCACUAA